GCCAAAAUCAAACCCGCCCCGGCCCGCCCCGCCCCUCGCCUCGCGCGCAGGCCCCGCUGUCGGAAGACUCGUCUCCCGCGCUAUGUCGAAGAAAAAAGGACUGAGUGCAGAGGAAAAGAGAGCUCGUAUGAUGGAAAUAUUUUUUGAGACGAAAGAUGUGUUUCAACUAAAAGAUAUGGAGAAGAUUGCUCCCAAAGAGAAAGGCAUUACUGCUAUGUCAGUAAAAGAAGUUCUUCAAAGCUUAGUGGAUGAUGGUAUGGUUGACUGUGAAAGGAUUGGAACAUCUAAUUAUUAUUGGGCUUUUCCAAGUAAAGCUCUUCACGCAAGGAAACGUAAGUUGGAGGUUCUGGAAUCUCAGUUGUCUGAGGGAAGCCAAAAGCACACAAACCUACAGAAAAGCAUUGAGAAGGCUAAAAUUGGCCGCCAUGAGACAGAAGAACGAACCAUGUUAGCAAAGGAGCUUUCUUCACUUCGGGACCAACGGGAACAGCUAAAGACAGAAGUAGAAAAAUACAAAGAAUGUGACCCACAAGUUGUGGAAGAAAUACGUCAAGCAAAUAAAGUAGCCAAAGAAGCUGCUAACAGAUGGACUGAUAACAUAUUUUCAAUAAAGUCUUGGGCCAAAAGAAAAUUUGGAUUUGAAGAAAAUAAAAUUGAUAAAAACUUUGGCAUUCCAGAAGACUUUGACUACAUAGACUAAAAUGUUCAAUGGUAGUGUAGGAUCUGUGUGCUUGUGAAUAUGUAGAUUUUUAUAUUAUCCAAGUAAAUGUAUUGAAAUGUCAUUUCCCUGUAACUGUAUGUAUCAUUUUAUUAAUUUAAAUAAAGUAUAAACUGGAGAUGCUCUUCAUCCUUUUUGAUACAUCAAAAGCAGGAUGAUAGUCAUACAUUCACGCAGGUGCUCAGCAGAGUAGGACAAUGCAAGUAAAGCCAUCC